AUCAACCAGAGUGGGAGGAGGAAAAGUCCGCCACUUCUGGAGCCAAGCAUCGUUCGGCACAUCUGGAAGCAGUUUAUGUGUCUCUCUCCACAUAAACUCCAGCAGGGCAACGUCUAGAUUCUGGGUAGCUACGUAGCAGCAAAGAAAGAAAAGAAAAAGCAGUCCCAAGUCAACCACAAAAGAAUUUUGAAAGACACUCCUCCAUCAAAGUACUUUUGCAGGAACCGCAGAGGACCUUCAAAACUCUCAGCUGCAGGAUUUCAACGGCGAUCCCACGAAAGGGGAAGUUCUGGAGUGAAUGUUGACGGCACUGGACCAUCCAGCUACCUAGGGAACUUGCCUUGCAGUUAUUUCUUUCUGGAGAAAAUUCCCUAUUGCCGAGCUGCCUUUGAAAGAUUGAGACCAAAAGAAAGGACCAUAUGGCUCUCUUACGAAAAAUCAAUCAAAUCCUACUGUUCCUUCUUGUUUUGACUCUCUGUGCCAUUCUGUAUAAUAAAGUUCACAAGAUGCCAUCCACCAUGCUCAGGAAUGAUCCAGAUGAUUUGGAAAGCCCUGAGGAAAUGGAAGAAGAAAUCCCUGUGGUGAUAUGUGCUGCUGCAGGCAGAAUGGGUGCAGCGAUAGCAGCAAUCAGCAGCAUUUACAGCAACACCGAUUCCAAUGUCUUGUUCUACGUAGUUGGACUAAAGAAUGGCAUUCCACAUAUCAGAAAGUGGAUUGAAAAUUCCAAGCUGAAAGAUAUAAGGUUUAAAAUUGUGGAAUUCAACCCCAUGGUGCUAAAAGGGAAAAUGAGGCCAGAUGCAGCGAGGCCCGAGUUACUUCAACCUCUAAACUUUGUGCGGUUUUACCUCCCCCUGCUUAUCCAUGAACAUGAAAAAGUGAUAUAUCUCGACGAUGAUGUGAUUGUGCAAGGUGACAUCCAAGAUUUGUAUGACACCAAACUAGCCCAUGGGCAUGCGGCAGCUUUUUCGGAUGACUGUGAUUUGCCUUCCACUCAUGAAAUUGUGAGAAGCAUUGGAAUGCAGAAUACCUAUAUGGGGUUUCUGGACUACCGAAAACAAACCAUUCGAGAUCUUGGCAUAAGUCCCAGCACGUGUUCCUUUAAUCCUGGUGUCAUUGUUGCAAAUAUGACGGAAUGGAAGCACCAACGCAUCACAAAGCAAUUAGAAAAAUGGAUGCAGAAAAACGUAGAAGAAAAUCUGUACAGCAGCACUCUUGCUGGAGGUGUGGCCACUUCCCCAAUGCUCAUUGUAUUCCAUGAGAAAUAUUCACAUAUUAAUCCUUUAUGGCAUAUCCGACAUCUAGGCUGGAGUCCAGAUGCCAGGUACUCGGAGCACUUUCUUCAUGAAGCCAAGUUACUUCACUGGAAUGGAAGAUACAAGCCUUGGGAUCACCCUAGUGUUCACACUGACCUGUGGGAAAAGUGGUUUGUUCCUGACCCUUCAGGAACUUUUAAAUUGAUUCGUCCCAAUAGCUGAUGCUGCCAUUUACAUUUUUAAAGGUUCAGGAUCAGUCAUUUGCAGCCUGCACAAGAUACUUCAUUCUAUGCAAUACUUUGUGAUGCGAGUUCACCUCCUUUGUUGCAUAUAAAGCUGCUGCAUAAGUCUGUAACUAAAAGCAUGGCUCAAAACGGAAGAGUUCAUUGAGGCCCUAAUGAAACAAUCACAGUUUGGGGAAGCUUCAAGGGCUACAAGGCUUAGGGGAAGUACUUUAUUAAAACAGGGACUACAUUUUAAGUCAUACUCUGUAAAUAAAGUUUGUUUCUUGCUGAGAGACAAAAUACUGUUCCUUGCAGACUUUUUGUAACACUUUUUGAAUAAAAAUAAGGUUCCCCUGAAGUAUACAUUAUGAAGUCAAACUAAAACCAAAAUUAAACAUCCGUUCUUUUAUUUAUUUCAAAUAAUUUAUCCAUUUCUUCUUUUCAACAGCACAAACAAUUCAGCAUUAAGACUUUUAUUAAACAACGCCACAAUUAAGCACCAGAAGAUACUGCAACAAUUCCUGGUUUGUUUGUUUUUUUGCAAGAAAUUGGCAGAUCAGAAGUGUUCAAUACAAUUUUUAAAAGCACCAUGUUUGAGAAUAGACGUGCAUUCACAUUUCAUUACCCUGUUGGUAAUCUAAUGGAUGCUCUUUUAAGUAAGAUGUUCCCCUUUCACACUUAACUAAAGUUACUACUGAGCUGUCCACCACCUGUGGCAAUAUAGCUUUGUUAAAACUAAAAAAUUGUUUCAGAUCCCUGAUGCAAGGCACUUCAAGCACUUGCAAGAAAGUGUCCAUGUAAACAGCGAUACAUUAAAAAAAACAACCCUUAAAAAACCUAAGGCUGUAAUCCUGAACACACUUACUAGGGAGUAAAUCCCACUGAACACAGGAGGGCUUAAUUCUGAGUAAACAUGCAUAGGACUGUGCUGCAAGAGAAUCAUUUUAUAGAUAGUUGACCAGAUAAUGAAAAGUUCCCACAGCAACUAAACGACAUGAUCAGAACCAGAAUAUACACCUCAAUCUUUUUUUU